GUCCCUCCCACUGAGGAAGUGAACCUGAGAGACGUCUUGCCGUUCAGUUGCAGUACAGGAUAUGAUAGUUGUUGUCAAGAUAAAAAGGUAUAAAUUAGUGUGGUUUUGUCGCAGGUAUUAGGAAGACUGGAAGCCUCUGUUGGAGAGUUGUAUUGACAUAUCCGGAUUAAUUUCAGUCAGGAUUGUGGUUCAGGCUGUUUCACGUUUUUAGAACAGUGAAAUUGAAAGUAGAUAUUGCAAAACAGGCAACAGUGUAGUAGAACAACCAAAACUAUUAGAGAAAAUGGCCUCCAUGUCGAUCUCAGAAAAGGAUUUAUCUUGUCCUGUGUGCUGUGACAUCUUCAAGGAUCCAGUUCUGCUGAGCUGUAGUCACAGUGUCUGUAAAGGCUGCCUGCAGCAGUUCUGGAGAACGAAAGGGACCAGGGAGUGUCCAGUCUGCAGAACAAGAUCGCUGAACGCUGAGCCCCCCCUGAACCUCCUUCUGAAGAACCUGUGUGAGAACUUCCCAAAGGGGAGAAGUCAGAAAGAACCAUUCUGCAGUCUGCACCGUUCAGAACUCAAGCUCUUCUGUGAAGAUGACAAACAGCUUGUGUGUUUGGUGUGUCGAGACUCUAAAUUGCACAAAAACCACAACUUCAGUCCCAUCAGUGAAGCAGCACUGGAGCGUAAGGAAGAACUGAAAGUCAAACUGAAGCCUUUGCAGAACAAGUUGAAAAAGAUGAAAGAAGCUAAAAGUGAUUCUGAUGACACUGCCCAAAACAUCAGAGUCCAGGCCCAACACACAGAGAAGCAGAUCAAGAACAAGUUUGAGAAGCUUCAUCAGAUUCUACGAGAUGAAGAGGCAGCCAGGAUAACUGCACUGAGGGAGGAAGAGGAGCAGAAGAGUCAGAUGAUGAAGGAGAAGAUGAGCAGAGAGAUCUCAUCUCUUUCAGACACCAUCAGUGCCAUAGAGGAGGGGAUGAGAAGCGAUGAUGUCUCAUUCCUGCAGCUUCUGUGACUCUGGAUCCCAACACUGCACACCCACGUCUCAUUGUUUCUGAGGAUCGCACCAGUGUGGCAUACAGUAAGGAGAGACAGCAGCUUCCUGAUAACCCAGAGAGGUUUGAUCAGUGGGCCAAUGUCUUGGGCUCUG